AAAAAAAAGAGAAUUAAUUCAUAAUUUUAGUAAGAUUUUAACAAUAGCGCGAAUCACGGAUCAAUUUUCUAGUCAUGGAUUAAGAUGGUACUGAAAGGUCCCCACAUAUUGUGGACAUAGGAAGGAAUUAAGAACCUUCACAAAAACGCGUUUUAAAAUUGUCUUGCUACAAAAGUUUCAACGGAUAGAAAGCACCUCCCAACAACAUGAAAUAUUUUCUCGUUAAAUAGUCCACUCCCAUCCUUUUCGGUGUUCUACUUUUCAUUUUUCAGUAGUCAAGCUAGUACUAAAUAAAAUUGAGCACGGAGUUUUGAGUCUUUUUGAAUCUGUAGCCAUUCAGUUUAUACUUGUCUCUGACGAUGGGGAUGAAAGCUAUGAGUUUCUUGAAGUGGCUGAUCAUUCUAAUAUUCCAAUUUUACUACCUUUUCGACCUCAGCAUAGCACAGCCUAAUUUCAUUUCUUCUAUAUGUGUAGAUUCUAAUAAGACAGAGUUCUCCCCAAAUAGUGCAUACGACACUAACCUUAACACAAUCCUCUCCUCUGUUUCACGGAAUAUGAAUAGUUUUGGGUUCUAUAAUUCUUCCAUAGGCCAAAACUCCGACACUGUUAGUGUCAUCGCGCAAUGUAGAGGGGAUGUACAAUUACAGACAUGUCGUGGUUGUAUAAAUAAUGCUACUCGUAAUAUUCUAGAGGUAUGUCCUUACAAGAAAUCGGCCCUUGGUUAUUAUGAUCAUUGUAUGCUAAGAUAUUCAAAUGAGUCCAUCAUAGGUACCCUUUCAACUGACCCAGCAAAUUUUUUAACUAACACGGAAAAUGCCUCGAGUCCCGAUGAGUUUAUGGAAGAUUUAAGAACCUUGUUAGAAAGUUUACGAAGUCAAGCUUCAUCGGGCGGUAAGCGGAAGUAUGCUAGUAAUAAUACUAAGGGCCCUGAUUUUCAGACUAUAUAUGCACUUGUACAGUGCACUGCGGAUUUAUCAGCUGAAAGUUGCAUCAAUUGUUUAAGCUCAGGCUAUAGAAAAAUGCCUGGAUGUUCAUGUUAUGGUAAACAGGGUCUCAACAUUAUGAUGCCCAGCUGCAAUUUUCGGUACGAAAAUUACCUUUUUUUCGACGAGCUACCGACCGAAGCUCCGCCACCCUUAUUGCCACCGUCUUUGCCACCGCCACCGUCACCUCCACCGCCAUCAGGAAAGGAUGAUAAAACAGCUCAAACCGCCAUCAUUAUAGUUGUGCCAACUGUUAUAUUUGUUAUUCUUAUUGUUUGUAUUUCUGUCAUCUUGAUGAAAAGGCGAAAGAGGAAGAAGUUGGAGGAAAUUCAGAGUAUUUACGAGGAUGAUAUUAGUACUGCAGAAUCCUUGCAAUAUGAUUUUUCUACAAUUAGAGCAGCAUCAAAUAACUUCUCAAGCGAAAAUAAGUUGGGACAGGGCGGAUUCGGUGUGGUGUACAAGGGUAAGCUUCCGAAUGGACAAGAAGUAGCAGUGAAAAGAUUGUCAGCAGAUUCAAGCCAAGGUGAUCUAGAAUUCAAAAAUGAGGUCUUGUUGGUUGCCAGGCUUCAACAUAGGAAUUUGGUUAGGUUGAUGGGAUUUUGCCUAGAUGGAACAGAGAGACUUCUUGUUUAUGAAUUUGUUCCCAAUGCAAGCCUUGACCAAUUUUUAUUUGAUCCAAUUAAACGUAGGCAAUUGGAUUGGGAAAGGCGAUCCAAAAUCAUCGGAGGCGUUGCUAGGGGAAUUCUUUAUCUUCAUGAGGAUUCUAGGCUUCGGAUCAUUCAUCGUGAUCUCAAAGCUAGUAAUGUUCUACUUGAUGCAAAAAUGAAUCCUAAAAUUGCAGACUUUGGCAUGGCAAGGCUAUUUACAUUGGAUGAAACUCAAGGCAACACAAGCAGAAUUGUGGGGACCUUUGGAUAUAUGGCACCAGAGUAUGCAAUGCACGGACAAUUUUCAGUCAAGUCAGAUGUUUUUAGCUUUGGAGUAUUAGUCCUGGAAAUUUUAAGUGGCCAAAGAAACACUUGUUUCAAAAAUGGAGAAUCUAUGAAAGAUCUUCUGAGCCAUGCUUGGACGAACUGGCGCGAAGGAAUAGCUACAAAUUUGAUAGACCCCAUAUUGAGGGGAAGCUCAGGACUGGUUCGUGACAUAAUGAGAUGUAUCCACAUUGCUUUAUUGUGCGUUCAAGAAAACGCUGCUGAUAGACCAACUAUGGCAGCAGUAUUUCUCAUGCUCAGUAGCCUCUCUUUGAGUCUUCCAAUGCCUUCAGAACCUGCAUACUAUAUGCAUAGUAAUAUUAGCCAAGAGAUUUCGCUUAGUCAAGAAUGCAACACAAUAAUGACAGAAUCUAAUGAACUAGUCAAAAGUAGAUCUAUUGGUUCAUCACGAAAUGAGGCGUCGAUAUCUGAGUUAUAUCCUCGUUAACAUCCUUAGACAUAAUAGUCUUUUCUCUGAGUUUUCUUUUUUACUUUAUUAUUUGUUCUAACUCCAAUUAGUUUAGAAUUGAGAUUGACUGAUCGAUGAUUUUGUGUUUCAAGCAAGGAUUUUAAUUUGAUUUGAAGUAUUAUUACACUUGUAAAAUUGGUGGAAUUUUUCAAUUAGUGAUAGAAAUGUAUUUUGCCUUUAUUUAUUCA